UAUGUUGCCAUGUCUGUGUUUGAACGUAAAGCAAUUCGUCCGACCUGCAAGUGAAGUGACUAGUGGAGGCCUAGCUAGCUUAUAUACAUUUAUAGACGAUGAAAGUAGCAAUAUCAUAACGCAACUUGAACUUGUAAUCAGUAUUAUUUGGUUGUUUUCACGAUGAUCAUAGAAAAUGUGGAAGCUUUAAAGUCGUGGCUGGCAAAACUACUGGAGCCAAUAUGCGAUGCUGACCCCUCAGCUUUGGCCAACUAUGUUGUGGCUUUGGUAAAGAAAGACAAACCUGAGAAAGAGCUGAAAGCACUCUGUGCUGAUCAACUGGAUGUCUUCUUACAAAAAGAAACCACCGGUUUUGUUGAUAAGCUCUUUGAAUGUUUGACAACCAAAAACUACUUGGGGAAUCCACCUGGUAAGGAAGUUCCCAAAGAGGAGCCCAAACCAGCUGUGCUAAAACUGGAGGUUUUGGAGGCUGAAAAUAUAGAAGAGGAUAGGGGAGAUAUCAGGAGAAGGAGAAGUCCACUAAGAAACCGCCCCGACUUUAACGAAUCAAGGGGCCGCGAGGACCGCAGGCGGGACGACCGCAAACGGCGAGACGCCGACCGCCACGGCAACCACGGCAACCACGGCACCGACUCCCACCGGGAGCGACACGACCGGCGCAGAGGCGGCUCCCGUGGCCGCGGCAGCUACAGCCGGAGCAGGAGUCGGAGCGGUAGCCGGGACCAGAGCAGGGACAAGGAGCACGCCCGGGGGAGAGACUACAGGUCAAAGUUUGAAGUGGAGCGGAAAGAGCCGGAGAGUCUCAACCCCUCCUCUGGGUCCCUGGGCGCCGCCCAGCAGCACCCCCCGCCGCUACUACCCACCCCCCAGCAGCCCCCGUUCCCCUCCUCCGGGAGCCAAGCCGUCCCUAGCUCUGUUACCGCGGUAACACCCGCUCACCUACCCGACAGCACUACAGAGAGCUGGUCCAACUACUACUCCAACCACAGGGAGGGCAAGACGUACAACAAGACGGCUUCAGUCAAGCACCGCUGCCGCGACUACGACGAGAAAGGUUUCUGCGUACGCGGCGACCUCUGUCCCUUUGACCACGGCAAUGACCCUCUGAUCGUGGACGACGUCACACUGCCCGCCAUGAUACCGUUUCCCCCGCCGGGAAUGCCGCCCCCGGCCCGGAUGACCAUGCCACCCAUGACCGAGCCGCCCCCCUCCAUCCGAAUGCCCAUGCCCCCCCAUGGCCAGCCGCCCCCGCCGGGUAUUUUCCCCAUGCCGCCACCCCAAGGGUCCCCAUUAAUACCAACAACUGGGAUAGAAACUCCCAACCACUCAGGGACCAGUUCCGCCAACUCUCUGGGACCGCCUGGAGUGGGACCUCCUCCUCCACAACCACCACCUCCUCCCUCCUCCUCUUCUGUCUCUCUUCACCCCCAAUAUUCCCAGUCAGAAUAUAAUUACGACCCAGAGGGCUACAACCCUGAGUCUCCGGGCAUCACUGCACCCGGCCGGCCCCAGUACCGACAGUUCAUCCCCCGCAUCCAAACCCAGAGGCCCAACCUGAUCGGGCUCACCUCUGGGGAGGGCCAGGGGUUCAGAGCGGCUAACAUAGUGAUCCAGACGGAGCCGGCAGUCGCCAGUGUCCCCGGCGCUGUGUCUCGCUACAGCACCGCCGAGCAGGAGAUCAGAAAGAGGCCCCUGGGGGCCACAGAGGGACCACCACCCAAAAAACCUUGGAUGGACAAACCAAACUACCAGGCCAACAACCAGGCCACCUUUCCUGGCAACAAGCUUCAACAUGGGGGUUUCCCCAAGAAGAACCACUAUGUUAACACUAAACUUGAAGUUCGCAAAAUCCCGCGGGAUCUCAACAACAUCACCAAAUUGAACGAGCACUUUAGCAAGUUUGGUACCAUCGUCAAUAUUCAGGUGGUGUUUGGGGGCGACCCGGAGGCUGCUCUGAUCCAGUACACGGCCAACGAGGAGGCGCGGAGGGCCAUCUCCAGCACAGAGGCCGUGCUCAACAACCGCUUCAUCCGUGUGUACUGGCACCGUGAGGCCACCGUCCCGCCGCCGCCGCAAGCGCAGAGCGCGGUUCCCAACCCGGGGGACGGACCCGGGCAGUGCUCUGUCAUGGGCCAGCCGCACCCCAACGUCCACAAGCAGCACAGUCCCGGUGCCUACGUGCUGAAUAAUAAGACCGCGCCCAAGCAUCGGCUGGGUGUCGGUGCUGUGGCCGGGGUCAAAGGGGAAGCCCAGCACCCCAGUGCGGACCCGGCAGGGUCACUCCUCUCUACCUCCGGGGCUCUUCAGAAGGGGUCCUACGCCACCACAGUUCUCAAGGCGGUGUCCAAGUCACUCGGGAGGACCGCCAAAGCCAUCGAGGCUCAGGAGGUCUUGAAGAAAAAGCAGGAGACCUUUAAGUUGCAACAGGACAUGAUGAAGAAGAAGCAGGAGAUGCUGGAGAAGCAGAUUGAGUGUCACAAGGCUCUGAUCAAUAGACUUGAAAAGAACAGGGCAACGUUGAAGCCAGAGGAGAGGGCCAACAUUAUGAAGACUCUGAAUGAUCUAAGAGGCAAGAUCUCCCAGCUCAAGAACGAGAUGAACCCAACCUCCCACUCCACAGCCAACACGGCUCAGUCCAAGACCAAGAUAGACGCACAGAAGGAGCUUCUGGACGCGGAGCUCGAUUUCCACAAGAAGAUGAGCUCUGGAGAGGACACCACCGACCUGAAGAGGAAACUGGGCCAGCUGCAGGUUGAGGCCUCGCGGUUGGGUCUGAUACCGACCGGCCGAGGGAAAGCGGAGGAUCCGGCGGGCGCGAGGGGCCGGGGCCGAGGGCGAGGAAGGGGCCGGGGCCGCGGGCUCCGCGGAGGAAGAGGAGGAGUCAACCACAUGGUGGUGGACCACAGGCCACGGGCCAUCGCCAUCCUGGGAGUCACGCAGGAGGAGAAGGGGGAGCUGCUGCCUCACUUUGUGAAAUUUGGUGAAAUAGAAGAGCUCCGUGACCAAGAUGCUACCAGCGUUGUCAUGACAUUCAAAAGCCGGAGUGAAGCGGAGAAUGCUGCGAACCAAGGAGCAAAGUUCAAAGGUCGUGUCCUACAAAUUUCAUGGUACAAGCCGAAGACGCCGUCUGUGUCUACAGAACCUGAGGAGGAGGAAUCGAAGGAAGACGUAAAUGCGGAAGAAGUCAGCCCCUACCUACUUAUGGAAGAAGAGGAGGAAGACGACGAUGAGGAUGAUGAGUACGAGAGUCGCUCAUGGAGGCGAUGAACGUCACACCUUUCCGUGCGAUGGAUUUUUAUUUUUCGAGAAAAUGAAUUUGAGUCGAUUCUAAAUCCCUUUAGUUUUUUUUAGACCAGUUUCCAGUAUUUUGAGACUGAAGGAUUAAGGACAUUGAUAUAAGAGAACUCCUAUACUUAAUGAGGCAUGUAAGGCUUGAGAGGGCAGACUGUUUUGUAUCUCUUCAAACAUCUGAAUAAUUAUUCAAAUCUCACUUUUGCUGAGAUAAAAAAUCUAAACCGUUAUAAAUAGAUGUAUGUAUGUUUCGAUGUGGUUACCAGAUAAUAAUCAGUAAUGCACAACAUUUGUGGCUACUGUCAAUAGGUAUUUUUAUACAUAUUUAAGCUAUGGUUUCCUCCUUUCCCUCUUUUAGCGAAUGUUGUCUAUAAUUUUGAGGAUCAAGGUCCUUAGUCCAGGGAUGGCCUUGCUGUCUUAGAUCUUGUCGUCUUGGUCUACAGCAGAUAUCACUGUUUACAGAAGGCAUCAGCAGCCCCUGUUGAAAAGCCCUUGUGAAUUCGAUUCAGUCUUGGAUAUUUCCCUGAGUAUUUUGUUGAGUAAUUGUAUAGUGCCACUUUAUGUACAUAUGAACACCAAGGCGAAUGUUACGCACUUUGAAAUGGUAACAACAGUUCUCUCUUUUUUCCCAAGUCAUCCAAGACCAAAGCCAUCUUUGGAUGUGGAUCUAGUCAUCUGUUGUUAAAUGUGUUGGAAAUCCUUAGACAAUGGUGUUUGAAUGUAUACUGAAAAUUUGAUUUUAUAUAUAAUUUCGCCUUACAUAAUCAGCAGAAGGCUGAGUUUUUAUGAGAUUUGUGAUUUUCUUUUGUACAUUUUGUAAAUGUUUGCAAUAGGAACUACUUUGUUGAUACUUUUUUUUCUUUCAUUUUUAGUCAUUGGAAUGAAUGUUGGAAGA